AUGGUGGGUGUGCCGGGUCGGUCUAAGGGAUGUAAGACAUGUAAGAGACGGAAGAUCAAAUGUGACCUGCAGGAACCGCAAUGCGGACAAUGCAGCAAAGGCGGCCGCCACUGCGAGCGCUCCCAGAAGGAAAUUGCCUUCAUCCACCGCACCCCGCAGGGACUCCUUCGCAAAGGCCAGGAGCUGUGCCGGGAGCCAGCUCCGUGGGACACUCGGAGAACAGGCAAUCGGGCCCGAGCGACGCACAUGCCCCCACAGGUUAACCCCGCUGCGAUCUAUCUUGAUGGGAUGCUUAGUACAUUUCUCGGCGCUUUUUUACCCUCUUCAUCGAUUCUACCGCUCACCGAUCCCUACCACAUCCCCAAGCCCCCUACACUAUGGAUGAACAUCGCCAUUUCUCUGCCCCGGCACAGUCCGGUCCUCUCCGUUGCCCUGCAGGCUCUUUGCAUGACUAAGAUCGCGCAAACCCACGGCGACACGGCAUUACUGAUGCAGGGAAUGGCCAUGCAUGGACGGGCGCUGCGAGCGUUGCAGAAUGCAAUCCACAACACAUCCACUGCGCUGACGGACGAAACGUUAGCCGCGAUGCGGGUAUUAGGGAUAUACGAGUUCCACGAGGGCACGAUGGGCAGUGUGGUCGGCUGGACGAGUCAUGAGGAGGGAAUGGAACAGUUGCUGCGGCUGCGAGGAUUCAGUGCGAGUCAGUAUGAGAGUGAAUUAAGCCUGGCGCUGCUUGCCGGGGCCAGGAAGAGUGCAAUGAUUCGUGGCCUCCAAUUCCUCAAAGGUACCUUCUUUGGCGAAGAGCGCUGGUGUGUCGAGCCCUGGGGCUCCAGACCAAAAGACUACAUCCAGCAACUCUGUGAUAUUGGGCUGCGUCUGCCAUGCAUCCUGGAGGAGCUCCAUACGAAACCAGGCUUGCAUAUAGACCUUACCUGGCAGCGGUGUCAGCAGCUCGAUAACCGCUUGAACGCCUGGCAUGCCCAUAUCCUCACCCUGUUCCCUACGGUACCAUACUGGGAGCAACCCGCCGAGCGGAUCGCCCGCUCUACUGACAUUGCGCCCAGCCCCUUCUCGACGGCGUUUACUUUCUUCGACCUCCGCGCCGCCGACGCUUUGGCGUUCUUCUGGGCCCUACGCAUCCACGUACAUGCCGCCCUGCGUGGCCUCAGCCUCUCGGGUGCUGCUCCGCGCGGGAGUGCGCCUGAAGAACACGAAGCGAUCAUUGAGGCGUGUGCGUGUAAUAUUGCUCGCUCGGUUCUGUAUUUCACGCAGUUGAAGUCUGGAUUUUUAGGCGUGCAUUCCAUGAUUUUUCCGUUGAAGACGGCCUUGUCGGCGUUCCGGCAAAUGGGGUGGGAGACUGAAUGGGAGUGGUGUAGGGGGGUUUUGCUGACCAUGAAGAGUAGGGGGAUCCGCUAUCCAAGCGAUAUUGUGGAGGCUGAGUGGGGGGAACAACUUCAAUAA